AGCCGCUAGUGUUUCUGUGCUGGGGAAUUGCUCCUGCAAGUUUUUGACAAAGCAGCUUGUGCAUACUGUGGUUGGACGGGAUGCUUUUACACUCACACACACACACACGCUUAUACAGAAGGGUAAACAAGCAGACGAAGUAGAUAGAGGGGAGAAAGCGCUUUGAAAUACCUCAUCAUUAGAGAUUUCAAACGCAGCGGCGGAUUAGUCCACGCCGUGGACCUUAGAGAAAGGCCUUUCUGCAAAGUUCAUGUUCCUGCAACAAAACGAAUCUUGUAGCCUGUGCCCAGUCUUGUGCUUCUCCUGAGCAAGGAGGGAAGAGGAAGAUGUCUCGGUACAAUGUGUGCACGCUGCUGGACUGGGCUUACGGAGGCGUGGAUCCCCAGUUCGCAGGGAACGGGGGAGCCGAGUGCGCAGCCUUUCUGCCCCUGAGGCAGCGCUGGGUGGAGAGUAUUGUCUUCGUGACCAUCUCCCUGCUGGAGAUGGCGGUGGCCAUUCGCAAGAUCAGGCGGCAAAAACUGGGUAUAGAAUUCCAGCAGAAAAACGACAGCCUGGGCAAGAACCUGCUCUUGGUCUCCCUGUGUCUGACCUUUGGCGUUGAAGUUGGAUUUAAAUUUGCCACCAAGACCUUAAUUUAUCUGCUGAAUCCGUGUCAUGUUGUCACCAUGCUACAGAUAUUUCUCCUUGCAUGUCCUCCCUGUAGAAUUGCCGUAAUUGUUUUCAGGUUGCAGAUGCACAUGUUAAAUGGAGCAUUACUGGCAUUGCUAUUUCCUGUUGUUAAUACCAGGCUGCUUCCUUUUGAGAUGGAGAUCUACUAUAUCCAGCAUGUCACACUUUAUAUCGUUCCAAUUUAUCUGCUCCAGAAAGGGGGUGUGUACCAACCUGAACCAUUGGGUGACUUUUGGUGGGCCCUUCUUGCUACUGGACUUAUGUUCUUCUAUCAUUUCACCUUUUUGCAGAUCCUCGGAUUGGUCACGGAAGUUAACCUGAACAACAUGCUCUGUCCUGCGAUAUCUGACCCCUUCUACAGCUCCUGGUAUCGAAUCUGGGCAUCCGGACAUCAAACACUGAUGACAGUGACACAUGGAAAGCUGGUCACUCUCCUGUUCUAUGUUGCUGCUCCUGCUCGCAAGUAUGUGGUGGAUGUGGUCAAGCUGCCACUCAAGAAAUUUGUUUGAAACAUUGCAGUAAAUUUUCUCCAGCAAUGUACAUUGUUUAGGCAAAUGUUAGUAACUGGAAUGAAAGAAGAUUCAAAAAGGCGAAUUUUUAAAAAAAAUUGUUGACAGUCAAUGGCUCUGAUAUGGCCUCAAGGGAGCUUCAUCUGAAAUAGUUUUAUACUUUUUUCAAUACAUAAUGAAAGUGACUCUACGCAAAAAUUUAAAAUUUCAGAUUAAGUGAACAAGUUCAGAAAGGGAAAUCAUUGUCAUACAGAAUAAGUUGCAGUGAAAGUACUGGGCCAGAUACUUCUCAGUUUUCCUAUUUCCAUUCAUUAUCUCAGUCACAAGUGUUGUAUCUAGAACAUCCCCCACCCAAACAUCUGUGUGUGUACAUUUGAAACAGAUGGGCCAUGUACUGAUGUCUAACUCGUAAAUAAUAUUGAUGAAAAAUUGAUUCUGUUUUGUGCAUAUUAACUUUUUUCUGGGCAGUUAAAUGAAUGAGACUUAUUUACUUAAGUAUAAUUGAAAAUGUUGCAAGAUCACAGGGUCUGAAUGUGAAAGGAGGUGGCAUUUGCAAUCAACCUGCAUUAACUCUCCUGAUUGUUCCAUCACUGAAUUUUAUUUUUAUUUUCAAGUGAUGUGUUGAUCACAUCCUUGUCAGGGUCCUGUACAACUUGCUGCCUGGCCUUAAAAGACUUGGGAUGGCUGUUACUGCGUGGAAUUAGUUUGUUCCACUUUACUUGCCAUCUCAGGAGAUGUCACAACAAAAAAUUCUUGGCUGGGAGAAAUUGCAAGUUGGGUACAUGCUGCCCAUUUGAAAACAAUAAUUUACUGUCUCUUGGCACCCAAUUUUAAUUCCCUGAUGCUCUAUUUAGACAAACACAAGUAUUUUGAGGGAAGACAAUGCCAUUGCCACAUGACGUCUAUUGCCCAGACUAUUCAUUGGAGGUAAAUGCUCUAAGAUGGGUUUAGCUACUUUCCAUGUACUUUUUAAAAAAAAAUGAUUUGGAUGCUGUGGAGUUACAUUUGUUUCCUCCUUCUAAAAAUUGAAAUGCCCUAAAUUUUGGCUUAAUAAUGAUGCUUUGUGUCAUUUAUGUUAUCAAAAAUUUAAAGAACCUGAUAAUGUGGCUUAUGCCAGGUUGUAUAUCCUAGUCAUACAAGUAAACCUUGGCUUGGAGUUCAGCAAGCUUAUUCUAAAAUCAUAAAUCAAUUUCCUGCUACGUUAACAGGAAAACGUCUUUCAGAAUGCUUAAGUCUGAAAGAGAUGUCAUACAUAAUUUAAAGAUUCUUAAUGUUUUAGUGAUACAGUGGAAUGUUAUUUUGACCAUGAAGAGGUUUGUUUCUCUUUGUUGAUUUUAUAUUUAUAUGGUAUGUGCAACCGGAAGACUGAAUGAAGUUGAAAUGAAGCUGAGUUAUAAUCAAUCAGCAUUUGAUAUGUUUGAUUAACUCAUUUCUUGUGCAUCUGACUGGCUGCUUGCUGCAAAUAAUAUCGGUCUCCAUUACAAGGCAUUCAUGCAGAUUUCUAAGUGGUCUUAUUUUGUCGUCCUGAAAAUCCCAUUUCUACAAUCUUGCUGAUGCUCAAACUAAACGAGCACAAUUGUAUAAAAACAAGCCUCAUUUCCAAUGCAGGGGGAAAUACCUUCCAGCGAUAAUUGGUUUCAGUGAUUAUAGAUAGCUUGAAGAUGAUAAAAUUAACCAGCAUCUCAUUCCAUUUCACCUUUACAACAUAAUUCCUCAAAAGCAAAAAUUAACAUGACUUGUUUCUGUAUACAAAAAAAGGGUUGAGUUGGAAGCCAUUUGUUGGGGAGUACAUUGAUAUUUUUGUAUUGUGCUAAUUAUCAAACUCACCCUACUGAUUUGUUGCUUUUUUACUGUACUGUGAGCUUUGUUUUGGUCAUUGGGCUUGUAAAUUGUAUUGAACUUGUCAUUGAUGCAUUGUAUUGAUAUUCUGUCCCUUUCCCACUGUGUGAUCCUGGCAGUCCAUCACAUGAAUGUUUCUAUGGUUAGUUAAUGCUGCUGCUCCAGGAAUGAAAUGGAAAACAUGUUGGAAUCUGAGACUGUGCCUUUCCUUCCUUUUCUCCAGGUAAGAUUUCUUUGCCACAAAUUAGCUCACUGGUAUUACUGAAAAUGCAAAUAGCCCAAAGCUCCAGUCCACAAGCAAGAAACUUUAAUCCUGUGACACUGGUUUGUUGAUGGGCAACUGCUUUCAGAAAACAAGUUUUUCUUUGCCAAUGGUUUAGUGGGUGAAAGCUUCAUUUGCUUUUCAUCUGUUCUACACACCAAACAAUCCCACAUCUGAUGCAGGGUCUGUGCUAUUUCUACCAUAUUAACAAUGACACAAUGCAUCUGGCAUUCUCAACCCCAGACUAGGAAGAGGAAAAUGUAGUGGUGAUUCAUCACUGUUUAAUGUGCUAUAUGUAGUAUAAAGAUGAGAGCAUGGAUAGAUUAGGCCAAGGUGCCUUCUGCAGUUCAAAUGGCUUCCUCACACACGGAGGGCUGUUAGUUCUUAAGCAAAAAUGAAUAGUAGUUCAUCAAGCUUGUUAAUUGUAAAGUGGCCUUUUAGAAGGGAAGGGUGGAAAAAAUUUAAACCAUUCUAAGUCCCAGCAUUGUUGUAUAAUUUUCCUACAACAAUGAAAAAAUAUUAAAUACAGGUAGGGAUCAGCCCUGUGGUUCCUUGAGCCUUCACCAUCAUUCUAAAUAAUGGCAGGUCCUGUACCUCAACUUUACUUCCCCACCUGAUCAUAAUAUUGGUUGUGAUCUCCUUAAUGUAGAAAGUUCUUUUGGACAUCAGCCUUGAAUAUUCUCAAUGACUGAACAUCUAUAGCCCUCUGGAAUUACAAAGAUUAAGAACCCUCUGUGUAUAGAACUUCUACCUGUCCUUAAUCCUAAAUGGCCAAAUCUGAUACUGUCUCCCAAGUUCACAAUUCUCCAGACUUAGGACUUACCCUUUGUUUCCCUCAGAAUCUUGUGCAUUUCAGUGACACCACCUCUAAACUCCAGGGCUGUUGACCAACUUUACUCAAACCUCUCCUCAUAAAACAAUCUCCAUCUCAGGAAAAUGAAUAUGAGGAAAUUACACUCUAGAACCUAUGCCUUACCAACUGUAUUUAUUAAUUAGUUAACCUGGAUUCAGGUUUUAACAAAAAUCAAUUUGGUAUUAAUAUAAUGCUAUUUGGAACUGUUAAUUGCGAAGUAAGGCUUAGUUGGAAAUUGAGCUUUUUUUAGUUGAAAAGUCAAAAGCCGCAUGUGAAUUUCUUUACCGUAAUGCCUAAACAAUUGGUAGAGAGGGGAUGGCACUUUAGAAAUUAUGUUUGAAUGGAUUUGUGCCUUUUGGGUACAUUUUAUAGAAUGGUUUCUUUUACACUGCCUUUUGUAUAGACCUGUGGGUAAGUGCAUUGUGACGAUAUUCCAAAUGCACAGUGCGAUCUCUAGCUAAUAUUAGAGGCACAGCAAAGCUGGAACUUUGUGCGAAGGCCUUAUUGCUGAGGGCAACAAAAUCCACAAAACAAGAAUGCCAGUGUUGAGAUGAUGAUAUAUGGGGGGUGUAAAAGAUCCUAACAGCUAUAUAAAAAAAAUUGAGCUUUGCUUUGUUUCAUGUUUCGAUAAGAUACUUUGUAAAGUUGUUUAAUAGCUUCAAGAUCAUGUGGCCUUCUUAAAUAUCUCUGCAAACCUUUUAGUAGUAUUGAUAUGACAACUCAGGGAGACAAGGAACUGCCUGGAAUCAUCCGGUCGGUUAUAUUUAAAAUUAGACGAGUAUCUUAGAGGUAUUUAUUUCCAGGACUUACCAUCUUACUGCUUCUGGCUGGGUAAUUUCAAGGGGCCAGCAAAAACAUGUAAUGAUGAUAAUACUACAUUUUAAUAUUUCAAAUAUGUUUUCAGUUGUCUUGCAAGUUUCUGUAGUUUCACUGGCAUCUGAGACUUGUGGCUUUGAUCAGGAGUGUGUCUCAACUGAAAUGUUUUUUUAAUGCAAAACUUCAAAUGGAAUAUUGGGACUUCCAAACUUAAAGGGAAAAAGAAGUUUGCAGCUGGUUUUGGAGAAUGUCACUUAUUUUAAGUGAGGUUUACCACUUAUGUAGUUUUUAAAAAAAAGAAAAUCACUUCAAGCUGCUGCUUUAAAAAUUAUGUCUGCAUAGUGAAAUUUAAGUUAUUAUUGGAAGCAUUUUAUCACAAGCUGCAUAUUUCUAAUUUGCUUUCCAUGUUUAUAGAAAAUUGUUUAUUAAAAGUUGUGCAUUUU